AUAUAAAUGCACACGAAUAAAUGUAUACAAAGUACUUACUGCAAAAAGUGAAACCCCAGUUCUUCUGAUACUAUAUAUAGAACACAUCACUCUCUCCCUGACCUUCGCCGGAAACCUAGGUUUAUCACAACCCUAUCUCUAACGAGUUGCAGAUAUGUCAACGAAGUUAACACCUGCCAAGCGACCACAUGAUCGGAGUCCUGCAGAAACAAAUGGCCGAUGGAAGUGGCAGAGAUCAUCAUCUUUUAGUUCCCAGAGAUUACCUGCGGAAGUUCGUAUGUUAUGCCCUGCUUCAAAAAUAGAUUUGCUUAUCGGAAAGGAUAGUAGCACCAUUUCUCAGAUACGAGAGGAAAGUGGUGCAGAGGUUCGAGUUGAGGAUAGUGUUGUUGGUUGUGAUGAGAGGGUGAUAGUUAUUGUAGGUUCAGGAAAAGAAGAUGAAGUGGUAACCGAACAGCCCCAGGCUGACGUUGAGGGGAGUGAAACUAAGGAAAAAGACAGUUGCAAUGAUGAAAAUGGUGAUAAGGGUGAGAAUAAGGUGUCUCUUCUGGCAGAAAAUUCCAAAACUGAGAAGGAAAAUGAAUCUAUUCAGAAAGCUCUAUUCGUGAUAUUUGAUAGGAUGGUUGAAGGAGGAGUAGGAAUGGAUGGAGGAGAUGAAGAAGGUAAUGAUUCUUCUUCAUUGAUUAUAAGAUUGCUUAUACACUCCAGUCAAGUAGGCUGUAUGCAAGGAAAAGGUGGUAGUGUGAUAAAACAGAUGUCUUCCGAAAGUGGGGCACAGAUACGGAUUCUUCCCAGGGACAAGCGACCUUCAUGUGCAUCUUCAUCUGAUGACUUAGUUCAGAUUUCUGGGGAGCGUGAUGCAGUUAAAAAAGCUCUUGAAAUCAUUGCUCGACAAUUACUUGAGGGUUCCUCCAGGGAUCAGGAUUUUCUCUCUGCUGAUGCUGGUGGUCCAUCUACUCAGUCUCCUGGGCGUCCUCUGUCUAACCGGGAAUUGCGGCCACCGUCAGCACGUCCUUACCACGGGCAGGGGCUACCUUCCUCUGUUGGAUUUCGUGAUGGGGAAGUUGGUAUACCUGGCCGAAUGAACCCUAUUCCCGAUGCCUUGACUUUCAGAUUGCUUUGCCCGGACGAAAAAGUUGGAGGUAUAAUUGGAAAGGGAGGAAGUAUAAUCAAAGCACUUCAGCAUGAGACUGGGUGUCAAAUCAAAGUUCUGGAAGGUGCAGGGGAUGCUGAAGAUCGAGUUAUAGUCAUCUCUGGUCCAGCGCACCCAGAUGAUAGAAUAUCUUUGCCGCAAGAUGCUGUCCUUCGCAUCCAAUCCCGAAUUUUUAGGGCUGCACCUGAGAACCAGGACAAUGUUAUGGUUGCAAAACUUUUGGUGUUCUCCAAUCAAAUUGGGUGUCUCUUGGGUAAAGGUGGUGGUAUAAUAGCUGAAAUGAGGAAGUCAACUGGAGCCUAUAUUCGUAUUGUGGGCAAGGAUCAAACCCCAAAGUGUGCGGCGGAAAAUGAAGAAGUAGUUCAGAUAAAUGGAGACGCUGAAAAAGUUCAUGAAGCCCUUCUGCAGAUUACCAGCAGAUUGCAGAACCAUUACUUUCGUGAUGCAUUUCCUUCAAACCCUGGUUUUCUGGACCAAGUACAUCCAUUCCCUUCACACAUGGGAGGGAGAGAAUUUUCACCUCCAGGCAUGUUCCCCAACAUUCGUCCACCAUUUCACAAGUUUGACGCUCUACCUCCACAUGGUGGUUUCCAUCCACAUGAUGACCGUCCUCCCUUUAUGCAAAAUUUCCACAGGCCAGGCAUUCCACCUCAUAUUUCUGAUAGAAUGCCAUCUUCAGCACCAUGGGGUCCUCAGGGGCUGGGUGAAGGUGGGGGACAGCAUGGCUUCCCAGACUAUGCAGGAGGUCCGCGAAGUAUCGGCGGCUUUGGAGGAGGAAGUCAUCCCGCUGUGAUCACAAGCACUACUGUGGAAGUAGUUGUACCUCGAUCUGUGGUUCCUGCAAUCUAUGGAGAAGGUGGGGGAUGUCUUCGACAAAUAUGUGAGAUCUCUGAUGCGAAAGUGACCAUAAAUGAUCCUAAGCCUGGAGCAACAGAGACCGUGAUCAUUAUAUCUGGGACGCCUGAGCAGACGAACGCUGCUCAGAGUCUUAUCCAAGCCUUCGUAAUGGUCGAAACUGAAGCUGCUUGAUUAGGGGCAGUGAGUGCUGAAGCUGGAGUUUGUGUUGACGGCAACUGGAAGAUAUGGUUUAGCAGUUCGCAAAGCAGCAAACUCUUGACAUGGAAAAACGGAAAGAAUGCAUGUUAGAGUAUCAUUAGUAGUGAGGUUGGCUUAACAGACUGAUUCUGUGGUGGUGAAGUUUUCACAGAACGUAUACUUGAGAUGAUCAUAAUUCUAGGAAGGAGAAGGGAUUGGUUUUUCCGGAACAUAUUUGUUUGCAGACAUUUACAAAUUUCCCUGUCUUUUUGUCCUACAAAUAUGAUGGAACCAUUCCUUGUCUCAAUUUGAUAUCUAGGGGAUUAUUCCUUCAGAGAGUGUAGCUUGAAGUCUUCAUUUUUGGUUUUUAUCUCUAUGCAUUAAAGGGAACUGAAAGCAGUCUAAUGAGAAUCAAUAGAUAAUAGGAUUUUUUUUUAGAAA